UCUACAUUUCCUUCAAGAUGGUGAUCUUGCUUUUGUUAUUUAAGUUAUUUCUUUCUCCUUUUUUUUUUUUUUUUAAAGGCUUGAUUGUUACUCAAUUGCUUGGAGACUUGCACAAAUAGUUAACAAAAACAUUCACAAGAGGCAGUCACUUUUUUUGGCUUUCCGUGCUUGUUGUUCUUGGCACAAGGUCAGUUCUGUGAACUUCUGGUGUCCAACUGGUAGGACCUGAAACUCUGUGUUUAACAAGUGCCCGGAGUCAAAACAGUUGGCAAGUGCAAGCUCGGAUCUCGGGUAGUAAUUGCAGCUGGUCAGCCGUCGGACCCUGGACAGGGCAGAAGACUGGGAUCAGGUGGUUUCAUGUCAAGGUUGGACGUUUGUUCUUGUGGAGUUGUCUCUGUUGUUGUUUUUUGCGGUGACAUCCCGUGCGACCGCGGAUCGCUUUAGGUUCCAGGAGUACAACAUGUUUACGGUCCUCGUGGAAUCAGAUUAAGUUGGCAGCCUGAAUCUCUCUAGAGAAGACAUGGUUCAAUGUGCAGACCUUCUCCCUCGCCAGCGUCUCCACCCUCCAACUCCAGGACAUCCCUAGCACAGGUGAAGACAAAAGCCUGUCUCAGCGGCCAUAAUUCUGCCAGCAGCACCUCAAAGCCAUUCAAAACGCCCAAAGACAAUCUACUUACCUCCAGUAGCAAACAGCACACAGUCUUUCCUGCAAAAGGAUCCAGGGACAAACCAUGCGUUCCAGUUCCUGUAGUCAGUUUAGAGAAAAUCCCUAACCUAGUGAAGGCAGAUGGUGCCAAUGUCAAAAUGAACUCUACCACCACGACCUCAGUCACCUUCUCCUCCACCUCGGCCUCUGCUGUCUCCACCCCACCUUUAAUUAAGCCAGUCUUGAUGCCCAAGUCAGUGCCACCUUCCCCAGAGAAGAUCUUAAAUGGGAAAGGGAUCUUACCUGCCACAAUUGACAAGAAACACCAAAAUGGCACCAAAAACAACAACAAGCCUUACAGGAGACUUUCAGAGAGAGAAUUUGACCCAAAUAAACACUGUGGAGUAUUGGAUCCCGAGACAAAGAAACCUUGCACAAGAUCCCUCACCUGCAAGACGCACUCGCUAAGCCAUCGAAGGGCAGUCCCCGGCCGGAAAAAGCAAUUUGACCUCCUUCUGGCGGAACACAAAGCCAAGUCCCGAGAAAAGGAAGUUAAAGAUAAAGAGCAUCUUCUGACUUUAACAAGAGAAGUGCUUCCAAACCCACCCGGACCAGUACAGGACUCUCUACCAGGAUCUUCAGGGAGCUCUGGGCCAGAACUUAAAGUCACUUCCCCUGCAAAAUCCAGGCCUCCAAACUCUGUGCUUCCUAGACCAUCAUCUGCCAAUAGCAUAAGCAGCAGCACAUCUUCAAAUCACAGCGGCUACACUCCAGAACCCCCAGUGCCCACCAGUGGAGCUGAUCUCGCCAGCAGACUGUCGAGUGAUGAAGGAGACAUGGACGGAGCUGAUGAAGCAGACAAGUUAGACUGUCAGUUCUCCACCCACCACCCCAGACCUCUUGCGUUUUGCUCAUUCGGAAGCCGCCUCAUGGGACGCGGGUACUAUGUGUUUGAUAGAAGAUGGGAUCGUUUUCGAUUCGCAUUAAACUCCAUGGUAGAAAAACACUUGAAUUCACAGAUGUGGAAGCACAGAAACCCGAGUCACAGGGCAUCAGGUCCCUCCCCCCUUUUCAGGACUUGCCUAACCAAUCUGCUGUCACUGAGCAACAUUGGGGCUGCCUGGGUGUCAACUCUGGAGAGCGUAGCACCCCGCUGCCCUCUCAGCCUCACUGCCCAAACCUCAGGCCCCGACGGGCCCGAACCUGGAGGGAUGGCAGCCGAUGGGUGCAUGGAAGACAUUAGGAAGAAAAGGAACGGCCAAGACUCUUUUUUCUUUAACAAGCAUUUAACUCUGCAUCAGGAGACGCCAACACAGUAUUCUCUUUCAGCCAGGAAGAUCCCACCUGCGGCAGAUAGCCCCAUGCCCUCGCCAGCAGCCCACAUCACCACCCCCGUUCCGGCAUCCGUUUUACAGCCUUUCAGCAACCCCAGUGCUGUGUAUCUUCCUUCAGCUCCCAUCAGCUCAAGGCUUACCUCUUCUUACAUAAUGACAUCAGCCAUGCUCUCAAACGCAGCUUUUGUGGCAUCGCCGGACCCGAGCGCCCUCAUGUCACACACCACAGCUUUCCCUCAUGUGACUGCAACCCUCAGCAUCAUGGAUUCUACCUUCAAGGCCCCAUCAGCCGUGUCCCCGAUACCAGCUGUCAUCCCUUCCCCAUCCCACAAGCCAUCCAAAACCAAAACCAGCAAAUCCUCAAAAGUCAAAGACCUGUCUACCCGUAGCGACGAGUCUCCAAGUAACAAAAAGAGGAAGCCGCAGUCUUCGACUUCCUCCUCCUCUUCCUCUUCCUCCUCUUCCUCCUCAUUAUCCUUGCCGACAUCCCUUUCGUCUCCAUUGUCAGGGCCCCACAAAAAGAACUGCGUUUUGAAUGCCAGUUCAUCCUUGAACUCCUAUCAGGCGGCCCCUCCCUAUAACAGUAUGUCUGUGCACAACUCAAAUAAUGGGGUGAACCCUCUCAGUGCCAAACUGGAGCCCUCAGGACGGACCUUGCUGCCAGGUGGUGGCCCUGCGGACUUAGUGAGACAUGUGGGCUCGGUGGGCGGCAGUGAUUCCUGUCCCCUCUCUGUGCCCUCUCUUGCAGGGGACCUCUCUCUGGCGUCAAACAAUGCCGUGUCCGCUCUGCCCCUCUCUUUUGACAAAUCAGAAGGAAAAAAGCGUAAGAACUCAAGUUCUAGUAGCAAAGCCUCUAAAAUCACUAAAAUGCCUGGUAUGAAUAGCGUUCACAAAAAGAACCCGCCCAGCCUUCUCGCACCAGUGCCCGAGCCCGUUAACAGCACCUCCUCUCGGCAGGUUGGGAAAAAUAGCAGCCUAGCUUUGUCACAAUCCAGUCCUUCAAGCAUAUCCAGUCCAGGACACAGCCGACCGAAGACAACAAACAGAACGGGCAGGAUAAGAACUCUUCCAUAGCAAGACUAUGAAACCACUUCCAAGCCAACUGAUCACACCCUGGGAAGAGGGGUUAUGGGAGUGGGCAGUGGGAGAGUAUCUGUUUCCGGUGCCCGGCCUGUGGCUCUGGCCUUUCUUCUUUUUUUAAUUGAUCAAUUUCUAGUUUUUAGAUAAAAAAACAAAAGAAGGUGAAUUUGAGACGUAUGGAAAACAAUAGCAGUGUUUAGUUUGUGUUGUCUUUCACUUGCCAUGUGUAUCCAUUCUUCCAAGUGUGGGGUCGUCCCUCUGGCUUCUGAUGCUGCUACCGCACCAUCGUUGUGCUCCAGCCUUGAGAGCAGGCUUGACAGUGUCUGCUCCUGGCUGGCAUCGUCUGAAACUCUUGAACUAGAGCACUUGCUGUGCUCCUUACCUUGUCCCUUCUCACCCGUCCAUUCCAUUCCCUCCCACCUGCCACUUCACCAGCUGCCCGCUGGCCACCAGAGGGAGCUGGCUCCCCAAACCCCACCUCUGAAUUUGGAUACCCUAUUUAGGAGGAGCUACAGAGAGUUGUAGGGCAGGUUGUGUCCUAGACACCCACCACCUUGACCAGAGUCAGGCAGCAUGGGCAAAUUGAGAGCAGUGGCAUUUAAUGAUGCAGUUUACCCAAUAUUUCUGUCCAGUGGCUGUGGGCCUAGGAAGUAACAGUAAACAGCAGGAGAGAUAAAGACAAUAACCCCCAAAAGAUGAUAGAAACUAGAUGACUGGUUAGCUGAGUUUCUUAAGAAUUCAUACUGUAAAAUCCCUGCUAGGGCCCAAAAUUGGGCACAGAGAGAGAGGAAUCCCAGGGGCAAAAGCCCCAAGAGUUCCAUGGAAACUAGGGAGGGGAAUGGCAUCCAAAGUUUCACUAGUUCUCACUUGCCCUUGGUUAAUAAGCAGGGGGAGGUUAGAUCUCCAGGGGGGAACUUCCACACAAGGUACUUCUGUGCCCAGCACAUCUGUAGAUGAGAUUGUAACUUCUCAAGAAGACUCCACAUCAGAUACAACUGCCCCAGGAAGACAUAGUCAGAACCAGCCACCACUUAGCAGAGAACCUAGAAAAGUAAAGCUGGAAUCCUGCAGCUAGAAAAAGGUUCACACUGGAGAUUUGAAAGAAUCAACAAUGCCAUAAACUCCAGGGGAUCACAAUCUGGAAAGAAAUUCACAAUAUAAAAUCAGCAUUUCUGGGCUACUAGUCAUGCGACUUUUCACAUGAUAUAAUGGCAGAGAAUCUUAAGAGUUUUUGCCCUAAAUCAGAGUUUUUCAGCUGGGCUCAAACUCUACCACCACCACACACACACCCCAAGCUUUCCUUUUCUUUCCCAUUACCCCCAACCCAAAGAUCAGACUACUGUUAAGUUUCACCACAUGACUGAAUUUUGCAAAGAUGGAGGCAAAUGGAGUGAUUUGCAUUAAUGAAAUUGCACUGACAGUGUUUCUUAUAAGAUUACUAAAAAUAAUAAUAAUAUAAUAUAAAAAUGAAGCUUUUUUUUUAAGAAUCAGGAGUUGAUAUUAGAUACCAAGACAUUAGUUCAGAUGAUUUCAUUUUUAUUUCUACAGUGUUAAAAGUGCACUUAUCUGCUGGUUUAUUUACGUCUUUGGAAAAAGACUGCAAAUUGAAGGGAAGAUUGUUACUUUUCUUUUGGUAAAAAGAAAAGGUUAAGACAGAUUUUAAGACUUAUAAAUGUUUUAAGAAAUUAUAGACAAGGUUAGAUCCUUUGGAAAAAAAAGUUUAGAAAAUAUUCUUAAAGUAAAUUUUUAUAGUGUUAAUUUUGUAAUAAUUUAUGUUUUACUAUAUUACAGAGCUAACUGACCAGAAUAGUUUCAGAAAGUAAAUGAAACUUAGGAAAGUUUAAGCAAUGUUUAUAUUUUUAAAAUGUCCUUUGAAUUAUGUUUUUAUUGUACAUUUCUUCAGACUGAAAAGUAUGUACAUAUCUUUGUUAUUUUUGCACAGUUUUUUGUCUUGUUUAGGUUUAGAAGUCUGUUGGGUUUUUUUAAAUAAUUUAUUCUGAGUUCUAAAACUUGCAGGAGUGAAAACAAAAAAAUCUCAGCAACAAACGAACCCUCUGAUUUAUAAACUCUUAAACUCAAAGAGGGAAAACAAAAGUUGAGAGAUUAAGUGGCUGCUUCUGAGAAAUAAUGUCUCGACAGGGACUAAAGUAGCAAUUCAAUAGGUUUAACCGUUUUCGCUUUCUACAUCUUGAAUUGCAAGCUGGAAUAACGAGGCUCCCCACUGAAUGCUGCUUAUUUCAUGAAAGACUAGUUCUGGCCAAGGUGAAGACAUUUCUGGAAAACUGGGCAAAAGGGAAAACCCACAAUGUUCCUUUCUUCACAGUCCACCACAGGUUUACUUUCUAAUCAUAUAUUAAAAAACUCACAGCUUGAAAAGUGGAAUGCAAAUAAAAGGUUUUCUUUUGGGUUUGUUUUAAUGAAGUUCAACUGGACCAACCUAUAAAUCAUUAUUAGGAUGACAACUUUUGGGUACUGCUGCUCUGCACAACCCCCUCAGUUCCCUCACACCCACCCCCUGGCCCCUUGACUGCAAACACCCCCCAUUUGCCUGAAGAUCUCAUGACCUGUCGCCAGCCAUCUAGGCUCGAAAGCUCUGGUUGUUAAGCAUAAUGCAAUGCAUAGACCUGUCAGCCAUAAAAAAGAAAAAAAAAAAGAAAAAAAAAAGAAAGAAAAAAAAGCGACUUGGAUAACUUGUAUGCCUUCUUUUGUAUCAAUGUACCAAUUGUAAAUAACGCUGAUCAAUCUUUGUAGAGAAUAGUUUAUACAGCAUAUUCUAUUAUUGCUGAUUCUCAGUGAACUCAUGUUUUGAAGAAAAAAGAAACCAGAAAUUUUCUAUUUACACCUUAUAUUUUGUUAUGCUGUCAGCCCAUGGCACUUUAACGAAACUGUGGGUUUUACGUAGAUGGUCAGUCAUGGGGUCUAUUAAAUGACUAUUGUUGCACAGACAAGAAUUUGCACCUGCUCAUUUGUCCUUUCCUAAUCCCAAUUUUAGAACCUUUUCCAUAAAAAAAAGUUUUGAAGAGAGCAUGUCCAGACAUUCUAAACAAAGGCCACAUUUGUGGAGUGGGUUUCUUUUCUACAAUCUACAUUUUGUAACACUAAGUAUUUUCCUCCUUUGUCCCAGCACCUUUAUGUAUUAGUACUAUCAGACAGAGUUCAUUCCAUGCCUGUGAUAUUGUAAGCAAAAUUAAAGUCUAAAGUAGGUGUAAAUAGUAAAUUCUAUGGCUUACAGUUUUAAAAAAGGAAAGAACAAACAUGUAUCUAUUGAUACUGCCAUGGUUCAGCACCAGGUCUGGAGACAUUCUCCAGUGAGCGAUUGUAUUUUUCUUUUCUUUCUUUUCUCUCCUUUUCUUUCUUUUUGUAACAUGGCUUUGUAAAUAAAAUAAUUUAUAUGUUUGUAUAACAAA